AGAAGUUCAGUUCGAGUGCAGGGAAGUUCUGAGAAACUCAUUGGGAAGCGUUACUUCAAUUUGCAUUAUGAUUUUCGGGAGAUAUCUGCACUAGCAGCUGAGAGCGACAAAAUGUAUGAGCAUGCAAGUGAAGUUUUUUCAAAUUUGCUAAAGGAUUUGCAGGUAAUGAAGAAGUGCUCAAAUGGUGGAACUUCUAAUGAGAUAUUAUGUUCUAAUCAUGAAGAAGAGUAUCCAACUGUAGCCGGAGUUAAGUUAAAAGCUACUGUUGGACGACCAAAAGGAAGAUUUAAAGGUGCAUUAGAGAGACAAAAAAGUCACAAAGUUCAAUCAAAACCAAAGGGUAAGAAGGUGAAAAUUGGUUCUUUUCAGCAAGUAGAAAGCAGUACUGAACUGCAAAUACAAAAUAAUCAG